GGGUAGAGGCGGGGCAGCUUCCGUGCCGCCAGAUACAUAAGUACAUAAUUAUCAUUAUAUAGAUACACCCAAACAGAGGUAUCUCUCUAUUGCGCAGACCGCCAUGACAUCGUCAGUGCGCCCCUCCUCUUGUAGGGGUUCCAGCCUUAUCGGCCGCGUUUACUUCUUAUCGCCCACCGCUGUACAUAGGUACCUACCUCUACGGAUACCUUUACCUCUAUCGGUGCUCCUCCAAAUAAAAAAGUCCGUCAUCGACUCGACUUGUGCAUAUUCGACCAAACUUCCCCCCUUGUACCACAUCAUGGCCGAAAAGACAAAGACGAACAAGUUCCCCGAGGUCCGGGGCGGCGGGAGUCUCAUUCUGGCCUGGCGGAUCAAAGACAAGAAGGUCUUGGUCGUCGGUGGCGGCGAGGUCGCUGCCGGCCGUAUUCUCAACUGUCUCGACGCCGACGCCAAAGUUACCGUUGUCUGCCCGGCUUCCGGUCUCAACCCCGAGGUAGCCCACCGAGUCGAGCGCGCCCAAGUCACCCAUGUCGAUCGCCUCUUCGAACCGACCGAUCUCGACGGCGCAGACAUGGUUCUCGUCGCAAUUGACGACCCAGCCGCCUCCACAACCAUCUGGAAGCUGUGCAAGGAGCGCAGGAUACCCGCCAACAUUGCCGACGUGCCCCCGGAAUGCGACUUCUACUUCGGCAGCGUCCACCGUGACGGCCCGCUGCAGAUCAUGGUCAGCACCAACGGCAAGGGACCCAGGCUGGCCGCUAUUAUCCGCCGGCACAUCGCCAAGUCGCUCCCCAAGAACGCCGGCAACGCCAUCGAGGCCAUUGGCACCCUACGCGCCAAGUUGCGCAAGAUGGUUCCCGAUCCUGAGGCGAGCCCCAAGCGGAUGGGAUGGAUGAUCAAAGUCAGCAACAAAUACGACUGGAAUGAGUUCUGUGAUCUCACCGACGAGGACAUGGAGAACCUCCUCAAGUAUUACGAGAGCAACCAGGUUCCCACCAUUGACGAUCUCUUUUCCAUGAGAGCAAACCCCGGCUUCAACGUCAACGAAGUGUUUGACGGCUCAUUCGGCUUCUGCGUUGGUGUUUAAGACACGGACCAUAACACGAAAUACAACUGCACAUACGGUAUCUACGAACGGAUAUGGGUGUUUUUAAGCGGUAUUUAUCUCGGCGUCGAUUCUCCUUGGGGGCUCUCUAGAUGUUUUUCGUUGGCGGCAUAUCAAGGCUUCAAAAGCGGUUCUGUAUGAUGUAUAUAUAUAAAAAACACCCGGCGCAUUAUGGCAUGCCCAGACACUUAUGAUGGGCUUGGGAUCAAACAUGAGGGAAUACCUGACGCUGAUGCUGUGUGACACAUCAUCAAGCUCCCCAUUAUGACUCGUACUCUACUACUCCACCGCGGAAAUGUAAAAUACGAAAUGUGACAUGAGCAUGGAUUCCGACAUCGGAGCUAGACCGACAGCGUCAAUAAUAUACCCUGA